CCAUUCUUUAUUAUUUUCAUCACUGGCAAUAAUAUUUUUAUGUCAAUGUCAUAGAACUGUCAAAAUCUUUUGUCUAUUUCUUUUCCUGUAAAAUUGUCUUCUGAGAGAAGCAAAAAUGGGUCGUUACUCUCGGGAGCCGGAUAAUCCAACGAAAUCAUGCAAAGCCCGUGGCUCAAACCUCCGUGUUCAUUUCAAGAACACAUAUGAGACAGCCAUGGCCAUCAGGAAGUUCCCCCUGCGCCGCGCUGUCCGCUACCUCAAAAAUGUAGUAGACCAAAAAGAGUGCAUUCCAUUCCGUCGCUUCAAUGGUGGAGUUGGUCGCUGUGCACAGGCCAAACAGUUUGGCACCACACAGGGUCGCUGGCCCAAGAAAUCUGCAGAAUUCCUUUUACAAUUGUUGAGGAAUGCCGAGUCAAAUGCUGACUACAAAGGCUUGGAUGUUGACAGGCUGGUCAUUGAUCACAUUCAGGUGAACCGCGCGCCGUGCCUGCGCCGGCGCACGUACCGCGCGCACGGCCGCAUCAACCCGUACAUGUCGUCGCCGUGCCACAUCGAGGUGUGUCUCAGCGAGCGCGAGGACGCGGUCGCGCGCGCCGCGCCCGCCGACGACGCGCCCGCCAAGAAGAAACUCUCCAAAAAGAAGCUGGCGCGCCAGAAGGAGAAGAUGAUGAGGGAAUAGAAUAAGGGUUAAUAAACGAUUUACAGCAA